UGCAUAAUCUAGCCAGUCUAUAAAAAAACUUCCAUUGAAAUGCAGCCUUGGUUCCUGCUUGUGAUCUUCUGCCAUGUGUUUCAGGGAUAUUACUGCCAGUAUAUGGAUAUAACCUUCAGGAAGUGCCAACACCCAAUCGCCUUCGAUUGCUACCACUAUUGUCACAGCUUUUGUAACGACCAAAAUAUCAAGGAAUGCAACUAUCGCUGCCAGGAGGGAUGUGGGUGCAAGGUGGCCUCCAUUGUGAGAAAUAAUGGAGGAUGCCGCAGAUUGGGGGUUUGUAGAAAGUUCGAGGAUUCCGCCAUGGUCGAUCCGGAAGUUGAUGAAAAUGGAACUGGCACCAAGAAUGAGACUGGAAAAACUACCCUACUACCUACUACUACGGAUCCCAGCACGGAGGAUCAGGCCGGAGAAGUUACGGAUGAAACCAAAACUAGUCUAGUUCCAACUUCAACAACAGAAAAGGAAGACAAUUAGGUUCUAUCCGUGUGAUAUAUAGUAAAUAAAGUCCUUUAAAAAUA